CAUGGCCGGACCCCCCUUCAUCUUGCUGCCCACAAGGGUCAUCUCCACGUUGUCCAGGUUUUGUUGAAGGCAGGUUGUGACCUGGAUAUUCAGGAUGACGGCGAUCAGACAGCGCUGCACCGGGCUGCGGUCACCGGGAACAUCGAUGUCAUAGCGGCUCUGAUUCAGGAGGGGUGCGCUCUGGACAGGCAAGACAAGGACGGGAACACCGCCCUCCACGAGGCUUGCUGGCAUGGGUUCAGUCAGUCUGCCAAGGCGCUCGUCAGAGCGGGAGCCAACGUUCUUGCCAGGAACAAGGCAGGUAACACACCUCUUCACCUGGCGUGCCAGAACAGCCAUUCCCAGAGUACUCGUGUUUUGUUACUUGGAGGAUCUCGAGCGGACCUCAAAAAUAAUGCAGGAGAUACCUGUCUGCAUGUGGCUGCUCGUUAUAAUCACUUGCCCAUCGUUAGGGUGCUGCUCAGUGCUUUCUGUUCUGUCCAUGAAAAGAACCAGGCGGGAGAUACGGCACUCCAUGUAGCUGCUGCGCUCAACCACAGGAAGGUGGUUAAGCUCUUGCUGGAGGCGGGGGCUGACGCAUCCGUUGUCAACAAUGCAGGUCAGACCCCUCUAGAAGUUGCCAGACAGCACAACAACCCUGAGGUUGCGCUCCUUCUCACGAAAGCAUCACAGGUCUCGCGCUUUAACCGCGGAAGAAGCCUGAGGAAGAAGAGGGAGAGGCUGAAGGAGGAGAGGCGAGCUCAGUCGGUACCACGGGAUGAAGUGGUACAGAGCAAGGGCAGCGUCUCAGCUGCUGACGACACACCGAGCAGCGACCAGCCACCGCAGAGGAAGGGCGAUCCGAAGGAGGAACCUCGGUCAACCUCACCAGAUCCCAGAGGGAAGAAGAGCAAAAAGAAGAAGCCAAAGGAAAAGGUUUCGGCCCUCUCGGACCCCACCUCCCCAGCGGAUCAGCAGACGCUCCCUCGGCCCCAGCAGAACGUGCCCAAGCGCCGAAGUAGACACCACUGCUCCUCUCCGCCCCCUCCCCACGAGGUCCGGGCCUACCAGCUGUACACACUCUACCGAGGAAAGGAUGGGAAGGUGAUGCAGGCACCGAUCAAUGGAUGUCGCUGUGAGCCCCUGAUAAAUAAACUGGAGAAUCAGCUGGAGGCAACGGUGGAAGAGAUAAAAGCUGAGUUUGGGACAGUACAAGAUAAGAUGAAUAUUAAGCUGGGCCAGAUGGAAAGCAAAACUCAGCAUCAACUCCGUGUUUUAGACAAACUCAUGGCGGAGCGGCUGUCUGCGGAGAGAACAGAGUGCCUUCACCGCCUGCAGCAGCACACUGAGCUGGAAAAAACCGAGGGGGAGAAACGGCAGAUUUCCUUGGUCGAUGAGCUGAAGACUUGGUGCAUGUUGAAGAUUCAGAAUCUGGAGCUCAAGCUUUCUGGAGAUUCCAGGUCAUCGAGACCAAAAUCCACUCUGUCCACAUGCGAAUCUCUCACCGAGACCCUGGAUACUGACAACAACCCCCACAGUGCCAAGGACUGUAAAGCCAACCAGCCCGUGUUGCCGUCAGAGGGCUCCCACCAGCAUUCCUAUAUCGCGCUCCCCAACAGCCUCUCGGAAGACGGGGGAAGGAGCAGAGGCCGGAUGCCAGAGCAGAGCUUCGGGCAACAUUUUUGCGUUCAGCACGAUGGUGCGUCAGGUACAGAGCAGCAGUUAACUGCUGGCGGCCCAGCUGCUUCUGCCCCUGCUCAAGAUGUCAGGCCAAAGGACAAAGCUGCUACUGCCAGCGCGUGCCACAGGUCCCAGCAGGAGCUGCCCUCCUCCGAGCUUUCGGGGUCCAAACUAAGACAUGUUAAGGUUCAAGUGGCCUUGCAGCCCUCGACUGAACCCCCAAAGACUGAACCACAGAGCGGCUACUUCCUUGACAAAGGAACCCAGACGAAGAAGCCCAGCAAAAGCGGGCAGUCGAGGCACAAAGCUCUGCACCACGCCGGGGCACCCCAGAGCCAGGAGCAGCAGCCCCCGGCCCUGCCCGCGGGACAGCCGCCCACCCCUCCGCUCAGAGACACCUCCCAGGCCCUGGAGAUCACGCAGUACUUCUUCGAGGCUGUUUCCACGCAGAUGGAGAAGUGGUACGAACGGAAGAUAGAAGAAGCCCGGAGCCAAGCUAAUCAGAAGGCGCAGCAAGACAAAGCUGCCCUCAAGGAACACAUUAGAAGCUUAGAAGAGGAGCUCAGCAAAUUAAGGACUAAGGUGCAGAAAGAGAGCUAG